UAGUCACGUGCGCGUUAUGCUUCUCUUUCGUUCACUGGUAGCGCGCCUUUCCCACGUCCGACCAUUCCAUUCCUUCAAGCCCUUUCAUCAUCCCGUCAUCGUGCUCAACGACGAGCAGAUGGCUCGCGCUUUCUCAGUCACCUUCCUGGGCACCUCCAGUGGCGGCGGUCCUUCUCCCACUCGCAACUGUUCGUCUCUCGUCGCCAGCGUCUGCAAUAACGGAAGCCUUUGGAUGGUCGACUGCGCCGAAGGAACAUUGCGUCAGUUCCACAACCAGCGGGUCACCUACGAACACGCCCUGCACCUCAAGGUCACUCGCGUUAACAAGAUCUUCAUCACCCAUAUGCAUGCCGAUCAUGUUAUGGGAAUCAUUACCUUCUUGCGUAACGUGCUCUAUCCUGUACCUCUGCCGACGGCACAAUCGCAGCAUCAUCCAAAGCCUGAUCCUACAGUCGAAAUAUAUGGUCCAGCAGGCAUUCGAAAUUUUGUCCGGCUGAAUAUGAAAAUGACUCUCAGUCGGUCCAACGAUAAAUACGUUGUCCACGAACUGCUCACCCCAGAAGACACCGUGACACCAUGUACAACAGAGGACUUACAUUCCAGUGAGGCUCCCGGUCGUGACAUAGUGUCUGAAGGUGGCUUUUGGCCAGAAAUUACCACAGGACCUGGUUUUUAUGGCGAUAUCUGUGUUGAUGCAGGACCCAUUGCUCAUCGAGAUCCAUGCCUUGGCUUCAUCCUCCGAGAGUCUGUUAGCCCGUACCGCAAAAUAGUCAUUCUUGGAGAUACUUACGAUGCAACAUCCCUCGUCCCACUCAUUAACCGAUUUACUUCGUCUCCAACAUCCUCUCCUCCGAAACGCUCCAAGGAGACGGUCGCGAGCACCGCUUUCGCUCGUGGUCACUCAACACCCGACCUUGCUGGUGCAUUUGCGCGCACCAUCGAUGCUCAGAAACUGGUCCUUAAUCAUAUCGGAAGUCGGUUCCCAGCGGCCAGUGGUGCAGGCUUCAGGGCGAGUGUUAUCAAGGAGAUCGAACGUCAGGCGAACGAGGCCUGGGGAAAGGGUACUGCGCGCGCCGCCUGGGAUUACAUGCGUGUCGUCAUUCCUGCUCCCGAAAUUGAGGAAGAGGAGCAAGCAUUUGUAUCGGGUUCAAGGGUACCGUGGAAUCAUCACGGCGAUGGACAGCAUACGGACGGACUCUAUCCUAGGAGAUCGCAGAAUUAUAAUCCCAGGAAACGAUAUGCCCGUUCGUAGCAGUCCUAGCUAUAAUUUCAUAUUCCUCUACGGUUGCGCAGCCUGGCAACCGACAAUGGGUGCAAUCCUGAUGCUCCCGUACCCAUCCUGCCCUGCUCUGGAACAGUAUUCGAUGGAUGGAGACACUCGAAUGCGGAUGUGGAUACUGGAAAGCUUUCUUACCCAGUUUUGACCUAGUUCUAGGGAUUGUGAGGGGAGAACAUUCUUCCUCGCCUUUUGCCUCCUUCAAUACUACGUUAAUAGCAGUAUUUACAGCGGGUGAUUGACCUGCGUAGGAAGGUUGUCCAUCGUCAGGUCAAUACCGGUAUACAGAUUCAAAAACUCAAGCUUCAAGU